UGUCUUGGCGAAAACUCCUCCCGCUGCACCUGAACGAGGCUUCUAUUGACCAACUUGGCCGAAGCAAGGUGCGCACGAGGCGGGGCUCGUCGCGAAGAGAUUCUAGGCUCGUUAGCGCUACUAAAACGGCGCCCGGGUGGUGGUGGUCGUGGUGGGGCACUGAAGAGAACUGGUUUCUUCGUUCACCAAGCAAGCUGUGCGCAGAAACUCCCCCCGCUCGUCGUCCUUCCCUGAUCCACACCCCCUUGAGCGGCGAGAAGAGCCUCGCUGGAAUCGCUCUGCGCUGCAUGACAGCUACUGGCUGAGAAUUCAGCCCGGCAGCCUGGAACGGGAGUCGGAGCUUGGCGCCUGGCUCCGGAUCGAAGGAAGGCUGCGCGCCGGAGAUCUGCCCGCGGGAAAAGGGGGCGAGAAGUGCACGCGGGGGCACCUUGCGCGGGCGCAUUCCCCGGCGGAUUCUUCUUCUUCCUCCUCCUCUCUUUCUCUCCUCUUGUUUUUUUAACCCCACCCCUGACCUUAUUAUCUGCCUGCCCGAGAUUAAGCCCAGAGAGAAAAUAGCACGGGAUCCAGAAGACACCUGCGGAUGAAUUAGACUGGAAUCACGCGGACCUCGAUGUAUAUUUCUCUCGGAAAGAAAACGCUAGAUAUAUAUAUCUUAAAAGAUCCCCUCUCCAAAAGAAAGGAGAGGGACCGGGGGCGGGGGGGACGGCGAGAAUUUAAAGGACGGUUUCCCUCCCUUUGUUGAAUGAGAAGAGCACAACCGGAUCAACAUGAGCACCAGCACAGUUCCUUUUCAACAAACUCCAUACAAUGCUGGAGGCCGUCCCACUAUUAUCCAGUGUUAUCGCUGUGGAGAUACCUGUAAAGGGGAAGUGGUGCGUGUUCAGAGCAAUCACUUCCAUAUCAGAUGCUUUACCUGUCAAGUGUGUGGCUGUGACCUAGCUCAGUCUGGCUUCUUCUUUAAAAAUGGAGAAUACAUCUGCACCCAGGACUAUCAACAGCUCUAUGGUACCCGCUGUGACAGUUGCCAGGACUUUAUCACUGGAGAGGUUAUUUCAGCCUUGGGCCGGACUUAUCACCCCAAAUGUUUUGUUUGCAGCAUGUGCAGAAAGCCAUUCCCCAUUGGAGACAAAGUUACGUUCAGUGGCAAGGACUGUGUUUGCCAAACCUGUUCCCAUUCACUGAUCAGCAACAAACCCAUCAAGAUACAUGGACCAAGCCAAUGUGCAGGUUGCAAGGAGGAAAUCAAGCAAGGCCAGUCACUCCUUGCCCUAGAGAAACAAUGGCAUGUCAGCUGCUUCAAGUGCCAAACCUGUGGAAUCAUCCUGACUGGAGAAUACAUUAGCAAGGAUGGCAUUCCAUACUGUGAAUCUGACUACCAUGCCCAGUUUGGCAUUAAAUGUGAAACCUGCAACCGGUACAUCAGCGGCAGGGUCCUGGAGGCAGGAGGAAAACAUUAUCACCCUACUUGUGCCCGAUGUGUGCGUUGCCACCAGAUGUUCACAGAAGGUGAAGAGAUGUACCUCACAGGCUCAGAAGUGUGGCACCCCAUCUGCAAACAAGCAGCAAGAGCAGAAAAGAAGUUAAAGCAUAGAAGAACUUCAGAAACAUCCAUCUCCCCACCUGGUUCCAGUAUUGGUUCCCCCAACCGUGUCAUCUGUGCUAAAGUGGAUAAUGAAAUCCUUAAUUACAAAGACCUGGCAGCUCUUCCCAAGAUUAAAGCCAUCUACGAGGUGCAACGCCCUGACCUCAUUUCCUAUGAGCCCUAUCACAGAUACACGUCAGAUGAGACACUGGAGAGAUAUAGCUAUGGAGAGUCUCUUGGAACUUUGUCUCCAUAUUCUCAGGACAUUUAUGAAAGCAUGGACAUCAGGCAGAGGCGAGCCUCCAGCCCAGGCUACAUUGACUCCCCAACCUACAGCCGCCAAGGCAUGUCACCCACCAUCCCUCGCUCGCCACAUCAUUAUUACCGCUCAGAUAACCAAUCUGCAGCUACGAAAAGUAAAACCAGUGAGGAUAUUGCCCAGUCCUCCAAAUACAGCCCAGCCUAUUCUCCAGACCCAUAUUACCACUCAGAGACCGAGUACUGGACUUUCCAGGGGUCACCCAAAGCACCACGAGUUCGAAGAUUCUCCUCCGGUGGAGAAGAAGAUGGGUUUGAUCGAGGGAUGCACAAACUCCAGACUGGCAUUGGUAGGUUGAUACUGAAGGAAGAAAUGAAGGCACGAGCCAAUUCCUAUGCUGAUCCCUGGACACCACCCCGCAGCGCAACCGGCAGUAGAGAAGCACUUCACACAACUGGCUAUGAAAGCUCCUUAAAUGGCUCUCCCCGGAUGCAUUACCUGGCUGACAGCGAUCCUCUCAUUUCAAAAUCUGCCUCUCUUCCUGCUUACAGAAGAAAUGGGUUGCACCGGCCACCAAGCGCUGAACUCUUCCACUACGACAGCACAAAUGCCGUCAACUGGGGAAUGCGAGAAUAUAAGAUAUACCCCUAUGAGCUGCUUCUGGUGACAACAAGGGGGAGAAACCGCUUACCCAAAGAUGUGGAUAGAACUCGGUUAGAGCGCCAUCUGUCGCCAGAGGAAUUUUACCAGGUGUUUGGCAUGACGAUUGCUGAGUUCGACCGCCUGGCUUUGUGGAAGAGGAAUGAGCUGAAGAAGCAGGCGCGGCUGUUUUAAAAGCACUGCACUAUAAAUAUAUACAUACCUAUAAAUAUAUACAUAUAUAUAUAUUAUUAUAUAUAUAAUAUAUAUAUAUAUAUAGAAAGAUCUCUAUAUUGAAACUGUAUAACUCUUUUUGUUGUACAGUAGGAGCCCCAGGUGCUCUCUUUGAAAGCCUUUAGAGUGAAGUCUCACAGAUAUUUUUAUGCUCUUUGUUUCUUUAAUUCCUUUUUUAAAAUGUAACUGUUAUUUGGAGAAUGUUUUCAGAGUUGGGGAGGUAGGAUCCUGUUUUUAUACUGAGCUUUUUCUUAUAUGAAUGUCAGGCAGUCUUUGGCAUUGCAGUAUCUCAUGCCUGAGUCUCUUAAAUCUAAGUCCAGACCAAGCGAGGCAAGAAGGUGGUGGUCACGGGGCAUCUACUUAAAAAGGAGCCAAUGUCCUUGUCCAUCUCUGACCCACUGAUGCCCUGAACCUGACUGAAGAAAGUAAUGAGAGCCUUCUGGGUCAGACGGAGGAUCCCUCUAGCCCACAUCCUGUUUCCAAGCAGCAGAUGCCUUAUGUCUCUACUGUCAAAUUUCCACUGCUCCAUCUUCCCACUGCUUUGCCUUAGUCCCUGUGUGUGCACUGAGCUUUUUAAAAAAAUCAAAAUUCUUUUAUCAAAACCACGGAAUCUUCUGGCAGGUAUGCCUUGUGUAAAGUAAGCAUGUUUGCAUACGAAAGAUUUAAGAAUUGCCCCUCAUGAUCUGACCAAGCUCCAUUUAGUCCAACAUUCUCUUCCCAACUGCAGCCAUUUGUUCUUUAUACACUCGUUCCAAGCCUCUGUUAAUUAGAAAUAUGCUGCCUCUGAAUGGAGAUUUCAUUUUGUAGCCAUUGCCAGUAGCCAUGAAUAGACCUAUUCUCCAGGAAAACACCUAUAUUAGCAUAUGUCAAUUAUUCUCCUCUUGGUCAUGGCAGUACAUACCUAUCCCAGUCCUAUGAUGACUUAAAAACUCACUGAACCCCACUCCAGUAAAUCAAUUUAUUAAAAUAUAAAAGCUAAGAUGCCUUUGAUCAGGCCCACAACUAUGGGGCAGUCUAUGGGGACCUAGCCCCCCCUCCAACAUUCCUUUGUUCAAAUUAAUGCCCACUCACCCCUUCCCACUUCUAAGUGUAAGCUGCUUGAGUGCAUGCCUGAAAAUACUUGACACUCCCAUCAUUUGUUUCUUGGGUUGGACUGUGGUGUGGAAGAUAUGCAGUACACCUCUAGUAGACUGUCAGGCUGCUUGGUCUGAAAGGCUCCAUCUGUGUCAUACUGUGUCUUGGUCUUGCCUGGUGUGAGGAGGGGAGUGGUGGUAUGCCUUCAGAGCAAAUGCUUCAGUCAAGCUCCUACCUACUCUCAACCUUGUGACAGGCAGCUUUCCCCUCCUCCGUUUUCUCAGUUGUACCCAGACUCCAUCCCAACUCAAAGUUCUGGGCUAUUGGUCCUCCUUGAGGGUGCUAAACAUUGUCACUCCGUACUAAAUUGUGCAUGCUUCACACAGAUUCCUGGAACAUACCCUGCCUUGGUUGUGUCCUGAGACCAUCAAUGAAUGUACCUGAUUAAAAGUGGACCCCUUUCCUUGCUUCAUCCCCUAUCUGCCAUGCUUGGAAAGAUUUAGCAGCCAGUUGAGUUAAAGCAUUCUCAUGGGAGACCUCACAGUCUUAUAAAUCUUUUUUUCCUUUUUUUUUUUUGCUGGGAAUAGCCAGUAUCACUAUCUCAAACCCAUUACAAAAAGAAACAGAUGUAGCGCUCUCUUGGCUUUACAUAAAUUCUGUGAUGAAAUAAUAUCUAAACCAGUGUAAAUGUGGAGGCAUUUUUGUCUGAAACUUGAGGUUUGUUGGCCUUUGUCAUAAAUAAGGUAUUUAAUACUAAGAUUUCAGUUAAGCCUAAAAAUAGCUGUAUCAUAAGAAAAGGAGGUGAGUUUAGAGAGGCCUUGGUACCUAUUGGAACAUGUUUCUCUUAGCUUUAUAUUGUUUUUAUUGGACUCUUUCUGCCUUUCUUGGCCACUAGCAAUACCUCCUAUAAAAGAUCCAAUCAGUACGGUAGCCUUCUGAAUGAAGAAAUGUACAUGGAAUGUCUAUCUGUGGGAAAUUGUAACCUUAUUCUGCUUUCUUAAAAAAAAAAAGAUUUCUUACCUAAUAUGCUGU